AUGGAGUUAAUAUCUCAAUUAUCUGAUCGUUUAUUGUUUGCCAUUCCAAAAAAAGGUCGCCUUCAUGAACAUUGCAUCUCGUUAUUAGAAGGAGCCGAUAUAACUUUUCAUCGAAACAAUCGACUUGACAUUGCCUUGGUGCACAAUUUACCCAUAGCCAUAGUAUUUUUACCAGCAGCAGAUAUAGCAAAAUUUGUUGGGGAGGGUAAUGUAGAUUUAGGCAUAACCGGUCAAGAUAUCAUCGCAGAGUCACAAAUGUCUUCGAAAGUUGAGGUGAUACUUGAGUUAGGUUUUGGCAAGUGUAAACUCCAAGUGCAAGCGCCUGUCAGAAAUCAAAUCAAAGAUGUAAAAGAGUUGGUUGGUAAACGAAUAGUUACUAGUUUUGAAGACUUGGUGGCAAAUUAUUUUGGAGAAUUGGAUAAACAGUAUUUGAGUGAAGAGGAAAGAGCUGCUGGAAAAAAAACUAUGAUUCAGUAUGUUAGUGGAAGCGUUGAAGCAGCCUGUGCUCUUGGUUUGGCUGACGGAAUUGAAUCAGGCGAGACGAUGAGGGCAGCAGGGUUAGAACCAAUUUCAACAAUUUUAACCACGCAAGCAAUCCUAAUCAAAAACAACCAUUCAACAAAUCUAUCAUUGGUAAACUUAAUUACAUCACGCAUAAAAGGAGUUAUUGCGGCAAAAAAAUAUGUGUUGCUAAGUUAUAAUAUCAAACGAAUAAAAUUGAAAUUGGCAACAAAAAUUACACCAGGAAGAAAGGCUCCAACGAUAAGUCCAUUGGAGGAUGGUGAAUGGAUUGAGAUACAAAGUAUGGUUUGUAAAGAUGAGGUGGCAGAUAUUAUGGAUAAAUUGGAAGAAAUUGGAGCUAGAGAUAUCUUGGUUUUUAAAGUUGAUAAUUGUAGAGUCUAA